UCAGGACGAGCGAGCACAGCUGAAGAAUAAGAAUGAAGAAGAGAGAGAGAGAGAGAGAGAGAGAGAGAGAGAGACCUGAUCCGGAGAGAGGCUGAUCUGAGCGCGUGCAGAAGAGCGUUUCAGCAGACGGAGAAGUCAGACGGAGCAGAGCUGCAGUCGGACAGUCGGAGAACGAGGACAUCUGGACAGAUCCCUUCACCCAGAAGGAUCAGGGAGCAGCUUCAGGUGUGAGUCUCCAUGGCAACAGAUAUGUUUAUGCUGCUGAGCGUCUGCCUCAGUGUGAGCCUGGCGAUCAACAUCGACACGUCGUUUCCGGUGCUGAAGACAAUCGGGAGCAAGAAUCUCUUUGGAUUCUCAGUUGCUCUGCAUGAGGAUCUGGAGACGGGAAAAUACCUGCUAUUGGUCGGCGCUCCCAGGGAGAAGGCGGAGCCUCACAUUCCAGCCAAUCGAACAGGGGGCGUGUACAGCUGCCCGGUCACGGCUAACCCAUCAGAGUGCAGUAGGAUAAAAUUCAUAGAUGAAAACCUGGACCCCACUGUGGACCUGCUGGAGGACAUGUGGUUGGGCGUCACAGUAGCCAGUCAGGGCCGACCUGGAGGGAGGGUUCUGGCAUGUGGACACCGGUUCGUUAAGGUCUACCAGGGAGAUAGAAAGAUAAUUGGCCGGUGCUAUCUCCAUAGAAACGGCCAACAUCUUGAUGAAGAGCCGCCAAACUGGGAGCAAAUACAGCAGCCAUGCGAUUACAGGGGGGAUCACACCGGUGAGGGCAUGUGUACUUAUGGAAUCUCUGCCUUCAUCACGCACACCGACGCCAUCUUUGGCUCACCUGGGAGCUACAGUUGGCAAGGAAAUGUUUAUGCCUUCUGGAUGAAUCCGAACAAUGACUUUUUUUGGACAAAGAACUCCUUUGACCACAAGAACUCAAGUUAUAGGAAUAUUUAUUUAGGAUACUCGGUCACUCAGGCUCUUUACCUUCUCUCUGCAGAGAGUCAAACCAUCGUAGCAGGGGCUCCCAGAGACAAUAAAAUGGAUGCCCGUGGUUCUGUGAUGCUGGCGGUCAAGCGAUCCAAUGAUCUGGUGAUUCAGCAGACUCUACGAGGUCAACAGGUUGGCUCGUACUUUGGUAACGUCGUGGUAGCCGUAGACCUCAACAGGGAUGGGUGGAAUGACCUGCUGGUGGGUGCUCCUUUUUACUUCAACCGCCAGCAGGAGGUGGGUGGGGCAGUUUAUGUUUACAUGAAUAAAGGAGGGAGGUUCCACUCUGAAGCCACUGUGGUUCUGAUGGGUUCAGUUGGAUCUGCUUUUGGAAUGGCUGUUGCUGCAGCAGGGGACCUCAACCAAGAUGGCUAUCAGGACUUUGUAGUGGGAGCUCCUUUUCACGAUACCGGAUGUGUGAUGAUCUGGACUGGGAGCCAAGAGGGAAUCUCUGCAGAACCGAGUCAGAUGAUCGAAGGACGUUCUGUAUCUCCUGGGUUCAAGACCUUCGGGUACUCCCUGGCUGCAGGUGUGGAUGUUGAUGGAAACCACUACCCAGACCUCCUGGUCGGCUCUCUGGACGAUACCGUCGCCCUCCUCAGAUCUCGCCCCGUCAUCCAGCUGAACACCACAUUAAGAGUUUCUCCAGGUGUGGUCGCCCGAAAUGAGACCGAUAUCAAGGUGAAGGUGUGCUUCUUCUUCAAGUUCAACGCUGGAGAAAACCUCAGCAGCAUCUCUGUCAACUUUACUGUGACUGGAGACGUCACCAGUCUCUCGCCCCGCCUCCGUUUCCAUGACAACAGACAGAGCGUGUACUCCAGCAUCCAGUCAGUAGGAAGUGGAAAGUGUAAAACCCUGAAAGCCGGACUGCUGAGUACCAUCCAAAACGUGGUGGAACCUCUGGUGUUCUCCCUGAACGUCUCUCUAAAUGAGAAACUUCCCAACAGAAGCAAUAUUGUUCAAGAUCUGAAGCGCUUCCCCAUCCUAAGCCCGACACCUCAACUCACCAAAACCCUGAUUCACAUCAAGAAGGCCUGCGGGUCUGAUAACGUCUGUCAAAGUAACCUUCAGAUGGUGGCCUGGUUCACAGAUGAGGAUUACAAACCCUUCCCCAUGCAGGACGGCAACCAACUGCUGAACUACAACAGCAGCAUCAGGAGGUUACUUCUGGAGGUCAACGUCAGCAACACGGCGUCACCAGGCCGACUAGCAGAGGAUGCUCACAACACUGUCCUCAACGUCAGCGUCCCGCCGUCGCUUGUUUACUCUGGAGUCCAAAAAAAGGGGGGCAGCUCAGGAGCCAUUGAGUGUUCUGUUGAUGGGGCCACUCUUCUCUGUCAGCUGGGAAAUCCCUUCAAAACCAACCAGAAGAUUCAGAUGUUCAUUAAAUUUGAGCCAUCUGCGAUCGCUUUGGACACCAAGGAAAUCCAGUCUCGGCUGGUGCUGUCCACGCUCAGCAACCAGUCAGAUCUGUCUCCAGUCUUCGUCUCCUUGCUGGUGGAGUAUUCCCUGCAGGCGACUCUCACUGUAAUCAAACCGGGUUCAGUCUUCUUCAGUGGUCAGGUGGUUGGUGAGCGGGCCAUGAAGAGCACGGAGGAUGUGGGCAGUCUGGUGGUCUUCACCUUUCAGGUUCACGUCCAGGGGAAGCCUCUGGGUCACCUUGGCGAGCUGGAGGUCGAGUUCGAUUGGCCGAAGGAGGUGGCGAACGGAAAGUGGCUGCUGUACCUGACAGAGGUCCUCUUGGAAGGCACCUCGAAUCGUCAAUGCACACACGGCGACAUCAUCAACCCUUUGAAGCUUGUGAUGUCCAAUGAUGAGAGGACGAUGAGGAUGAGGCUGGGGAUGAAGGGAGAAGAGGAAAGGAAACAACAAGAGAAAACUCUCCCAGUCCUCAGCAUGCAGAGACAGAGGAAGAACUUUAAACUGAGCUGCAGCAGUGGGGCCAGGUGUGUGAAGUUCUCCUGUCCUCUGCUCAACAUGAACAACUCUGCAACUCUGUUGGUGAAGAGCCGGCUGUGGAACUCCACCAUGAUUGAGGACUACAGAGAUGCUAGCAGUGUGUUGGUUCAAGGCCUGGCCACUUUGAAAUUGAAGACCAUGAAGAGAACCGUCACCAUGAAGUCGUCCCCCUCACUGAUUGAGGUCAGCAUUUACCCAGAGUUUGAGCUGCAACUGAACUCUGGCGCCCCCUGGUGGAUCAUCAUGGUGUCAGUCCUGGCUGGAGUUCUGCUGCUGGCUCUGAUCUGCGUUCUGCUUUGGAAGUGUGGCUUCUUCAAGAGAGCCAGCACCAGGGAGAUGUACGAGGCCAAGACCCAAAGAGCCCACAUGAAGAGCCAGCCGUCUGACAUGGACAAGCUGACCGAGGAGCUCUGAGGCUGGGCAGGCUGCUGCAGGAGAGGCCUGCUUGUCAGUUCUUUGUGCGUCCUGAGGCGUGGCAGACGGCGGUGCUCCAGCAGAGGAGGAUUAUGGGUAACACCGAGCAGCAUGUUGAUGAUGAUGGUUUCCUGAUCCGGGAACAAGUGACCUCGACCCAGAACCGGAAGAUCCAGAAACAUUGGGUCACCAUUUGGACUGAAAGCCACUGAGAGACCUCUGGUAUCCAUAGAAACGGAUCUUAUACCAAUCUGGACCAAAUCUGAUCAACACUGCCAGGCUGCUGCCUCUCACUUCACCCUGAGUUACUCAGAGGUGGAGCUUCAAACUUAAAGAUUUCUUAUUGGUACCAUUUUUAUCGAUCUGUGUGUGAUUUGCCCUCAGUCAUUGGAAAGGAUCAUUUGAUCCAGCAAGGUUUUAAUUUGAAGGGCUCUUAUAAAUAUUGUAAUUCUCCAACAGAUAUUGCUGCAGGGUCAGCAUUUCUGUCCAUGCUGCCUUCAUGACUCGUCUGUAAAUUCGUCCUGCUGCCUUCAGGUGCUGCGUGGUCCAGUGUUGUUCGUGCUGUAGAGAUGAGUGUACAGUUUUGUAAUUUCUAACAGCCACUGAAAGCAGCUGUAGUCUGUGUGUGUUAGCAUUCCCUGCAGUGUCGAUGGAUGUUUUGUCUGUAUGCUGAUGAUAUUAAAGUAUUUUUAUACUA